CGAAUGAACGGCAUCAUUCAUGUCAAACACGCAGUUAUCAUGGCUGGUAUCGUACACAUCUACAUGAUUUCGAAACUUUUGUGUGAAGUGUUGAAUUUCUCAUAUAUUUCGCCAUCGGGGAAAUUCCAGCCCGCACGCAACAUUGUCUACAUGUGGCUUAUCAUUUGAAUCUUUACAACCUCACACGUACCUCUGACGAUUGCCAUAAAAACCAAGGUCUUGAUCCUCUAAGAUCAAAUCUCUAAACAAUGCAUAGCUAGCUCAAGGUUCAACCCAUUUCCAAAACAAUACCGGGCUCCGGAAAUUGGAAGUAGAACUGCGCAUAAUUCUCAAACGGAGGGAAAAACACAACAUCCACAGCGCGUGAUCCUGUACCGAAGAACUUUUUUCUUGUACGUCCGGAGUUACUUCAUUGUGAGGUUUGCGAGGGACAUGCGAGCAUUGCCUUUUCGCGACGCGGAUUUUUUUGGCAAGAUGACUACAUUUAUCGUGGCGUUGCUGUUUUUCACCGUUGGCGUCUCCCACGGCGUUGAUGAGGUCCUUUACAUAUUUGGGGGAAAUGAGAGAGGAAAUUUCAGUGGAACAAGUUCAACCCAUUUCCAAAACAAUACCGGGCUCCGGGAAUUGUAAGUGGAACUGUGUAAAACCAACAGACACAGCGCGUGAUCCUGUACCGAAGUCCUUUUUUUUGGUACGUUCAGGAGUUACUAUAUUUUGAGAUUUGCGAGGAACGUACGAAAAUUGCCUUUUCGCGACGCUGAUUUUUUUGGCAAGAUGACUACAUUUAUCGUGGUGUUGCUGUUUUUCACCGUUGGCGUCUCCCACGGCCGCGUUUUUGAGCAGGAACCAGUUGGUUUCGUCACCCGAGAGCCUACCUUCACCAAGCUAUUAGAGCCUGCUGAGAAUGGCUUCCGAGUUAACGGGGAGAUGACCGACGAAGGCAUCUGCCUGUGUACGGUGCAACAACCGGCCGAGAUCUUGUGCACCGACUACCAGGCAAAGAAGAACUCGGAAAAACUGCAGGACAUUCAACACAAGAUUUCUAAGCUAGCCCCCGAUGUCAAACAACUUCACGAGACGACCACCAGGCACGCGGAACUCUUCGCUGCAUUCGAGAGCAAUCUGACGGAAGUCACGUCGACCUUUGACCUCAUUGAGGGCGGACAGAUGCUCGUGACUAGAGUGGAGAUAGAGGGCGUGCUCACUCGGAUUCGGCACAUGCAGUCCACACUGUUCGCUCUACGGGAGUGGCAUGGGAUCGAGUCUGAAGCAGCCCACAUGGGCAAGAUCCAAGUCAUGUUGGAUGAGGCCUCGAACAUCACCAGAAUCGUGGAUGCCAUGGCAUCAGAGGAAUUCAUAGACGGUGCCGCGGCUGCCAUACAGCGCGAGAUCAGCUCGCUAACGGACCGGCUGAAAUCUUGCACCGACCAGGCGACCGCGGGCGACCGUGGCUCGGCGGGGGCAGAGAGGGAGAGUCCCGCUGACUCGACGACAACCCCGCCAACUAGCGACACCCUUCCCGAACUGUGGCCUGCGAAAGAGAAACAAAAUACUUGCGGGAGAUUGGUCGGCAUUUCAGAGCCUUACACCUUGCGUGGGAGCCUCGGCUCUAAGGGCACGUGGAUGCGGGAUCCGAUCCUGAACCCGGAAUUUGUAUAUUUCCAUACAUUUCUAGCCACCUCUAGUAGAAGCAGCAGCACGACUACUCAGUUUAAGACCAGUUCGUCCGUCAAGUCUUUCCAGCGGGACGAAACACAUCAGAUAACCGGAGAAGUGACGCACCACAUCGUCGAAUCCGUCGUCUACAAUGGGUCCAUCUUCGCGUACUCCAGCGAGUCAACAAGUCGUUACAGUUAUUACCGUGACGGCCAUCGCCAAUUUAAACUGAUAGGGAUAAAUUUGUCUCACACCUCGCCUUCUUUUCCAGCAUUUACUGCCGGAGAUGUGUCACAGGAGCGAGCAAUGACGGCAACCCAGCUCGAGCAAGCCUCGUACCGCCCCACUACCGUCGUCCCCAAGAUGGACCUGACCGUAGACGAGACUGGCCUGUGGCUGCUGUACGGUGACUCCCUCGGAAUGCUCACCGUCAGCCAAGUGGACCAGACCACCCUUGAGUUCAACCGGACCCUUCGCGGCGCCUACCCGAAGAACCGCCUGGGCAACUGCUUCGUGGUCUGCGGUAAAGUGUACUGUCUGAACAGCUACACCGAGUUCGACUCCAAGGUGUCCUACUUCAUGGACACAGAGACCGGCUUCGAAGGGUUCACCAACGUGCCCUUCAUCAUCAAGUACGGCAGCCUGUCCUCUAUCGAGUAUAACCCGCGUGAUCAGAUGCUGUACGGGUGGGAUAACGAGCACGCUGUCGUCUACUCGAUGACCUUUGAAUGAUGCUGUGAUUCUCUGCAGACUCUAACCCUAUCUACGAAAGAGCUGGCAAUAGCUUAGAUACUGUUUAACCCUUACCCUACUAGACCCUCCAACGCAUGCCAAUAUGUGCCUCAAGAAAAUCUCCUAUGUUUUUUUGCAUGGCCCUCCAAUAUCUGCCAUGUCAUUUCAAGGGUAACUGGACAGGCACUCCAAUACAUGCCACAGAGAACAAUGAGAGUCCUCUGAUAACAAAGUGAGUGCCCCCAGCUGGUCAGUAUCAGGCACCCCCCAGGGCCUCCAACUCCUGCCAAUUGGAGCCUUCACUGUUAAGACAAACUAUCUGCCAAUAAACUGCAGCUGGAGGGCAUUGGCAUAACCAACUGACAUGCAGUAAACUACCCUCAGAGAGUAAGGGUUAAUUAAUUAGUGUAUAGUGGCUUUGCACACAACGUAAAAAAAACCCCAAAGCUUUAAACAGUUUGGUAAAAAAAAACGCAAAAAAAAGUUGUUUUAGGAUAAACUACAAUAUUGGGUGAACAAUGGGCGCACAAUGGCAAACCUGCAGGGGGGAUCUCAUCAGGCCUCAAAGGAGGAAUUAAAAGUAAAAUAAGGCGCGUGGUAAUCUUAUAUUAUAGUCGUUAAUAUAAUUACCACAAUUUUGAGCCGGUAUGGAUAUGGAAAUUAUAGAAGAACAUGUAGGUAUAGGUGCAAAGGCUUAUCGCUUGGUUCGAGUUUCAUGAGUUGUGAUGAAUUUUAAAUCCAUGAGAAAAUGUCCUCAAAUGUUACUUUGAAACCCGUGAAAUUAUAUUACUUAGCAGUUUACCAAACCUAUUUAGCUUCAUAUAUGGCUGAAAUGCUUAAUAAAAUACACUUUAGGCCUA